CACUUCCUUCAGAUGCAAGUUAAUAGCAGACCGAAUCUCCAUCUCGCCAGGAAACUACUAAAGUUCCUCUGGGCUCAAAUAGAAUUUUGUAAGAACAUAACGGAUGGAGAGGAGAAGACCUGUGGUGGCUGUGAAGACCCUGAUGCUGUGUAUGUGAAAUCAACAUCUUCCGGUGGCCAUGAAUUUAUUGUGAAAAGAGAACAUGCACUAACAUCAGGGACAAUAAAGGCCAUGUGGGGUGGUCCAGGUCAGUUUGCCAAGGAUGAAACCAAGGAGGUCAAUUUUAGAAGAGUCCCUCACAUGUGCAUGUGUUUUACCUACAAGGUCCCUAUACUAACAGCUCCACUGAGCUCCACUGACAUUCUUGAAUUCCCAACUGCACUGGAACUGCUGAUUGCCGCAAACUUCUUAGAUUGUUAAAUAAAAUUAGAGAGAGAGAGAGAGAGAGCGCACCUGGAAAGAUGGCUUAGCAGUUAAGGA